AUGGAAUUAUCAGCAGCAUCAAAGAAUGAAUGUCCUGAUCUUUAUUGUUUGUCUGAUAACAAAUUUGAACAUAUAGGAAUGAUUAAACAUCGUGCAAAUUUAAAUUUGGAUAUGAUGAAAGGGAGGGCUCCUAAUCCACCUACUCUCACAAAGUCAGGUUCAAAACAAUUUGGAAGUAAAGGUAGUAAUUUAAAUAUAAGAACAGAUAGAAAAAAGAUUAGUGCAUCAUCGGCAAAUCCUGAUUCCAUUGCUGCAAAAUUCAGGAGAGAUGUAGAUUCACCUGUAGUAAUGAGAAAAACAGUUAGUCAAGCGAGUACAUCAUCAAAUAAUGAACAACAAUCAUCAAAACAAACAGAAAAAGUAUCAAAUAGUCAGUCAUCAUCACAAGCAUCAAAUGUUAUGCCCGAAUCACCAAGAUCAGAUAUGGAUUCAUCACCUAUUCGUGGAGAUGAUUUCGGAAAUGAUUCUAUGCCAGUUUCACCUUCCAAUGAAGAAGAAGUGGAAUCUAAGAAUGAGUUUGAUAGAACAAGUUAUCCUCACAAACCACCUGUAAAAGCUAGACCUACAAGUAGUACAUAUACAGUUAAAGUAGGAACAAAACAAUUGCAAGCAUUUAGUUUAUUAACUGUUGCUAUUGGUAGUGGAAUUACUAUUGGAGAUACAACUGUAAAGCGACCUAACAUUUCAAAAAUUGAAACUUUUGAACAAUAUAACCAAUACAAGAAGGAAUUUAAUGAGAACUACAAAAAAUACAAGGAAUUGGAUAAAAUACUGAAUGAUAAUGUAGAAUACUUUAAGGGUUUAGCUAGUGAAUGGAAAACACUUCCAAAUGAUGAAAAGACUGAAUCCAACAAUGAGAUACAAAAACUAUUUAACAGAAGAAAAACUGAUGUUCAAACACUUACAAAAAAGUUUAACGCUAUGCAUGAAGAGUUAGAUUGCAUAAAGAAACUUUUGUUGGAAUAUGCCACUAGAAAUGCAUCCAAUGGAAAAUCGAAUGACAUAUAA